AUGUCGGUGAUCACCGGAGAGGAAACUGGAGAAGAGAAGGAACGAAAUAGAAGCAGAAGGAAAUGGAAGGAGAAGACAGGGCAUCGACGCGCUCAUCAUCCUCACCAGCGCGGUCCCGAAGAUGUGUGGAAGCGCAAGGCAGAACAGUAUCUAGCGGACUCUGGUCUUCUGCACACAAUUAUAAGAGCUGGCAGUUUACAAGAUAAAGAUGGUGGCUUGCGAGAGUUGAUUGUUGGGAAGGAUGAUGAGAUCCUGAAAACAGAAACAAGAACUAUUGCCAGGGCCGAUGUUGCAGAAGUUUGCAUACAGGCCUUGCUAUUUGAACAGGCAAAGUUUAAGGCAUUUGAUCUGUCAUCAAAACCAGAAGGUGAAGGGACGCCAACUACAGACUUUAGGACACGUUUUGCACAAGUUAAUAGUCGCUUCUAAAGAGAUAAUAUUGUUCUUGCCAACAAAUUGAGGGUAUUCUUUUAUAAAUUGAUAUGAAAUCUGUAUUAAGGAUGCAUGUAUAAUGGCUAAUAUAGCUUGGACAUGAAGAGCAAGCGUUGAAGCUGUACUUCACAUACCUUGAUUAAUAGCAAUGUCACCUAUGCUCAAGCCCUUCAGCAGGAGGUGGCAGGAAGAAGAGCAUGUCUUUCUCUCCAGGAAUGCAAGCAGCCUUAUAUAGAGAUAAAAGAAAAUCUUUGUACAACAAGACUUGAGGUGCCCUAUGGUGUUGUUACACUGAACAGUGAGCAACACCACCCAUGGGGAUGUCGACAUCCAGGACGCAGACAGAGAAUGGCCCAGGCUGUCUUCCCAUCCUCUCUACAAUUUAGCCGCUCAGCUCUGCAGUUUGGAAGGUCGAUAACAGCCAAAGAUUGGGAGCAAAGAGCGAGACCAGCCUGACCAGCUCAGCUGGUUAGGCUACCGUGCUGCUCAUGAAGGAGUUUGACAAUACCAUCUAUAUAGCAUGAAGAUCAAUGUGAAUAAUCUGAUGGAUUUAUAUCCUAACAAUAGGCCUACUAAUGCUUUACAAAAAUCUGUUGACCAUAUAGAUGAAGCCAUAAUUGUUCAUCCAAAUGGGAACGAUACUAUUACACAUGAAGUUUUCGUUCACCCAUAUGGCAAACUACAAGAGAUGCAUAUACUUCAGAAUGAUAUCAUCCUACUUUCCUG